AUGGACCGUCCGUUUAAAACGAGCAUAGUCUUUGCGCAUGAGAAAGGCACUAACGUGCUUUACAAGGUACUUUCUGCUUUCGCGUUUAGGGACAUCAGCUUGACGAAGAUUGAAUCUAGGCCGAAUCAUAACCGUCCGAUUAGGGUUGUUGAUGAUGUGAACGUGGGAACAGCGAAGUAUUUUGAGUAUAUGUUUUACGUGGAUUUUGAGGCUUCGAUGGCGGAGACGCGUGCUCAGAACGCGCUCUCGGAGGUUCGGGAGUUCACGUCGUUCUUGCGGGUGUUGGGGAGUUAUCCCAUGGAUAUGACUCCUUGGGACUCACCAUCAUCCUCGAUAUCACACACUUCUUCAUCGUGA